AUGGCAUCCAAAUGCUCUAAUCCCAUCUUCUUGCCCGCUUUCGGGGGUCAAGGAACGUUGUAUCAGGAUUUGUUUGGUUACAAGACCGACCUGACCUCGCUCUCGUCCUUCGGAAUAACACUGCUUUCUGCCUGCCAUGCUGCCUUUCUGUCCGACCUUGCAGCGCUGGAGGUUCAAGAACUUGCUACUGUGGGUAUAUGCGCAUCCGAAUUUACGGAAAGGGAAUCGCUUUUACGCCCUCGUAAUAAUCUGUUAUUCAACAACCCAGCAUUCUGCGGUCCCCAUUUAUUGCUCAGUCAGACCCUCUUAUACCUUUCAUUUUCUGAACGUCAUGCCGCGGCUUCGAGACCGAUCCCAUUUUUGGAUAUUCUAGGGUCUAACUCUCAUUAUGGCGUUGGAAUUCUUGGGUUUUCAUCUGGUAUUAUUGCUGCUUGCGUGGUUGCGUCGUCCUCGAACAUUCUUCAAUUCAUAACCCACGCUGUCGACGCCUAUCGUUUUGCAUUUUGGAUAGGAGUUCGAUCCCAGCUUUACCGCUCAAGCCUUGUCGAAAUAAGCGACGUUGCUCCGCAUCCUUGGGCAAUCGUAUUAAUGGGAACUAGCCGGGAGUGUCUACUAAGGUCUAUCGAACAUUUUAAUAAGGAUAGUGAUAUGGAUCGCAUUUUCUUAACAGCUGUACUGGACGAUGGUCGUUAUACUGUUUCAGGGCACCCUCGAGAUCUCAAUCUGUUUGUCCAAACGUUACCCAAUGGCGUCGCUUCUCAUGUUACCGCAAUCAACACCCUUUAUCAUUGCCCUUCACUUCUCCGAGGCGUUCGUGAUGCCGUUCUCCAUGACGUUAUGUCGAAGCAGAUUAAAUUUCCUACCUUCUUGGAUUUGCUGGCGCCUAUACGCUCUUCAUUUUCUGGGGAACGUUUGUCCAACACCACGCCUGGAUCUUUGGUCGAAACGGUAACUGAUUUGAUUUUAAUGAAGCCUGUUCUUUGGGACGCAGUUCUUCAUCAAACUGUGUCAGCUUUGCCGCCGGAUAAUCGUGUCGUUCUAAUCGAUAUAGAACUGGGGCCAAGUCUUGUCCGAGGCUUUCAACUCACAGCUUGCCGUAAUGGCAUCCAGGACUUCCAUACGGUAUAUCCGAAAGAAGAAGCUAUGCCGACAUGCGAACAUAAGCAAGACCUAGUAGCUAUAAUUGGUAUGGCUGUUAAUAUGCCGGGUGCCCCGUCAACAAGAGAACUUUGGGAAAUUAUAAAGGAUGGCCACAACACUGUGGAAAAGAUUCCUCCAAAUAGAUUCUUAUUUGAAGAAGGAGGCCGUACAAUGCGGGCGAGAACGGGUAACUUCAUCCAUGAUGUCGAUCACUUCGAUAAUAGGUUUUUCAAUAUCAGUCCACGAGAGGCAAAAAGUAUGGAUCCACAACAAAGAAUUUUGCUACACGCUGCAUAUGAAGCACUGGAAAAUGCUGGCUAUGUUCCAUAUGGUAGUCCAACUUUUAAUCCAGCUACGAUCGGUUGUUACGUUGGCGCUGCUACGCAUGAUUAUGCCUUAAAUUUAAGAAAUAACAUCGAUGUUUACUACGCUACUGGAACCUUGAACGCUUUCAUCAGUGGACGCGUAUCAUAUUGUCUUGGAUUGAGCGGCCCCUCCAUUGUUUUCGACACAGCAUGUUCUUCUUCCUUUGUUGCGAUCCACCAGGCGUGUCGUGCUCUCAUGAAUAGGGACUGUCAUGUUGCUCUAGCUGGUGGUGUCAAUGUCAUCUCCAGCCCUGACAUGUUCAUCGGUCUGGACCGAGGUCAUUUUCUCAAUUCGUCCGGGCAAUGUAAGCCUUUUGAUGCAUCUGCAGACGGGUACUCUCGUGGAGAGGGAUGCGGGAUAUUUGUCCUCAAACGCCUUACUGAUGCGGUCCGCGAAAACGAUCAAAUCUUGGGAGUGAUUAGGGGUGUCGAAGUCAACCAAAGUGGCAAAGGUUCAUCCAUUACCCAUCCGCAUUCUCCAACACAAGAGGAACUCCUCAAAAGACUUCUCAUGAAAUCGGAUGUCGACUUUAAUUCCGUCAACGUCGUUGAAGUUCAUGGGACUGGCACUCAGGCAGGAGAUACGGCUGAGAUGGAAAGUAUUCGGCGUCUUUUGCUAGCCGAUAAUCGCGCGCCCGACAAUCCCCUUUAUAUCACCUCAAUCAAAUCCAACAUUGGCCAUCUGGAGGCAGCGUCGGGAUGUGCCAGUUUAGCGAAGAUUUUGCUGAUGCUCAGACAUGAGAUGAUACCGCGACAAAUUCCCUUAUCAGCUUUGAACCCCCAAAUCACACGUCUAUUUUCCGAUAAAUGUAUUCUCCCUACCCGAAACGUUCCUUGGAUGCCGCCCAAACGCAAAACGCCGCGGAUGGCAAUUGUCAAUAAUUUCGGGGCAGCUGGAUCAAACACGGCUCUUUUACUCCAGGAAUAUGUCCCCCAAGAGUCAACAAGACCUGACGCAAGGGUAUCCUCAUACGUCUUUGGAAUAUCGGCAAAGGACGAGGAUGCAUUGGAGGCAUUGCGCUCAAAAUAUCUAUCGUGGUUACAGCGCCCAAGUACCCACGAUAUUUCGAUUUUGGACAUCGCAUAUACGUCAACGGCGCGAAGGCAACUUUUCUCGUAUCGCCUGGCCACCUCUGCGGGCAGUAUUGAACAACUUGUACAGAAGUUGGAAAAGGAAUUGAUCGUGCAUGUGCCUUGUAACGAAGUCGGUCCUGAGGUCGUCUUCGUGUUUUCCGGUCAAGGUCACAAAUCUAACGAGAUGGCGCGUUCCUUAUAUAAAACAUCAGCAGUUUUUAGACGCCAUAUCGAUGAGUGCAAUUCAGUUCUAAUAUCAAACGGAUUUGCCCCAAUCGUUCCCGUAAUAGUUGGAAGUGGUGACGAUCAGCAUUUGGUGCCGGCGGUACAAAGAGAGGAAGUGAUCCCAACAGCAACAUUUGCAUUGCAAUAUGCCCUUUCGAAACUUUGGAUUACGUGGGGCAUCAUGCCCGUCGCGGCCGUGGGCCAUAGGUCCGUAUUCCGACAUAAUAUCAAUAGACUUGAGACUAAGGUGGCUAAACGUAGUCUGGGAGAGUAUGCCGCUCUCGUAACGGCUGGCGUUUUGCGACUUGAAGAUGCUAUUAUAAUCGUUGCUACGAGGGCGCGUCUGGUGCUAGAACGAUGCCCGCCGAUGGCGACUGGAAUGGUUGCCAUUUCACUUGAACCUACCAAGCUACAGCACAUUCUAGACUCAAGCCAAAGCUUCGCAAACACAUCGAUUGCGUGCUAUAACUCACCUGGAGACUGCGUAGUCUCUGGUCCUCUCCACGAACUUGAGGGCCUUAUAUCAUAUUUACAAAAAGAAGGUUCUGGAAGGUUUACUCGACUAGAUGUUCCCUAUGGUCAUCAUUCUCCUUUGAUGUCGCAUCUGACAGGUGAUCUUGUCGAACUUGCAGGGAAGGCUAUGAUUUUUCCGCCACGCAUUCCUUUCCUUUCCACUGUUCUAGGGCGUGUAAUCAUUCCAGGAGACCGGACAUUCCUUUCUCAGGACUAUUUUGCUCGUCAAUGCGUCGAACCUGUCAAAUUUACGGAGGCGAUUGGGUCUUACUUAUCCAACUACUCAGGGAAGCGCAUUUGGCUAGAAAUCAGCCCGCAUCCCAUUAUCUUGCCCAUGCUGAGAUCCUUUCCAGUCUUAUCCGAUUCUCCACUUUUAGCUUCGCUGCGCGCAUGCGAAGAUUCUUGGACAUCCUUAUCUAAAAGCCUUACCUCCUUUUACUGUCUUGGGGGGGAAACCGUACGUUGGCGAAGCGUUUUCGGCGAGAUAGGACCUGCUAAAUGCAUUGGCCUACCUUCUUACCCAUUCAAUAAGACUAGUUUCUGGGUUCCAUACGUCGGCGGAAUAGACCAGGAUGGAAAAACGGCGCGAGGCGCACAUUCCUCAUUGAUCAAAGAGUGUGUUCAGUUCCCAGGCGGUGGCAACAAUAAAGAGGCUAUUUUUCGAACUCCAAUUAGUCAAUUCAAACACUUCAUCAAAAGUCAUCUUGUGGGGGGAGUUCCUCUUUGUCCGGCAUCAGUCUAUCUUAAGAUGAUAUCUGGAGCAAUCAACCUAACUGCCGGCUACGCACUUCAGCAUGUGGAAGACACUGAAACUGUUAUGUGUCAGCUCAGCUUCCCAAAUCCUCUCAUUUCGAACGACACAUAUUCCGACGAGGCUUCGAUAGCGAUUACUAUAGACCUCUCAAACAAGUCCUUGUCUCUGGGGUCACGGGCAGCACUGGUAGAACCGCCUGUUACUCACGCGUCUGGAAAAUAUUACACUCAACCAAUUAUGGAAAUAACUCGCCAGUUUGCUCAGAUUUUUCCUUCGAUUGUCGAGCGUGUACACACGAUCGUAAGACUUGCCCGCCACCGAGGUUUGGAAACUUUUUCAGCUCGAACAAUAUAUCGAGUUAUAUUCCCACGUGUGGUGGAAUAUUCACCAAAUUUUCAUACCAUUCAGUCCCUUACAAUGUUAGAUGGUGGCAUGGAGGCAGCUGGAUCGAUGGCCUUACCGUCCGCUGAAUACAAUGCAGUUACCUCUCAUAUCGUCUUUCUGGAUACUUUGAUUCACGCGGCUGGCUUUCUAUGCAAUCUUCGAUCUGGACAAAACGAUGCCUAUGUCUGUGUUGGUAUUGGUUCUCUGGAAGUUCUCUCUAAUGCUAUUCGAGAAGGAGUACCUUAUACGGUCUACUGCAGAAUCACGCCCUUCGAAACUGAAGAACUGGACGUGAUGAUAGGAGAGACCUGUAUAAUAUCAGCUCCUCACUCUACUUUCCUGAUCGCCCAUUGCAAAGCCAUCAAAUUCCAACGCGUACGUAUCAGCAGUUUAAAACGCAAUCUCGGAAGCAAGCAGCGUGUUUCUGCUCUACCUUUAGACCAUCAUGGGUGCCCUUCCUUUUCUUCUGGCAUCGUGGAGGUCGUUAUAAACAUGGUGUCUAAAGCAUGUGACGUCCUGCCAGGAGAUAUAUCUGUUAGCGCCGACCUCAAAAGCCUUGGUGUCGACUCUUUAAUGAGAAUAGAGCUAUCCUAUAGUCUUUCGACAAUGUUUCCAGGAUAUGGAUUUAGACCUCAGGAGCUUUCAUUAUGCAAGACAGUUGCUGACGUUGUUGAAUCAGUGAUAUCAGCGCUUACGACCAAGGUUAACUUGGACGGCCUUGGGGAGAGGUCUUCAAACGUCUCGUCAAGUGGUCCUUCAACACCACGAUCUAUUGUGAGCUCAGAUAUUACGGGUCCCUCGGUGAAAAAGAUCAUAGCUCGUGCAUUAGAAAUCCAUGAAGACAAUAUAAAGGAUUACACCAAACUUUCCAGCUUAGGACUCGACUCUCUUACUUCCAUUGAAAUUGCCAAUUCUCUCCGUCAGGAAUGGAAAGUAAAUGUUCCUGCAAAUUUGUUCAACUCCUGUGACACGAUUUUGGAUAUCAAAACCCAGAUUCCAGAACUUCAGCAAUCAGUACCUUCAACAUUAGUAUGUCGAUUUCCGCUCACCAUUGAACGCCGUAAUAACGAUAGCUUGACAUCACAGACAUAUUUUUCAUUGUUGCAAACAGGGAACCCGGAGCAUGUACCCUUAGUCUUAGUGCACGAUGGAACUGGCUUGACAGGGCCUUAUACUCGACUUUCGAAUUUAGGUCGUCCAGUAUGGACGAUUUCCAACCCAUCCGGGCUGUCAUCUCAUAUUUGGAGCUCUUUAGAGGAGAUGGCUGAGUCAUAUUCACGAACUGUGCUUCAUAAAAUACACGGUCCUGUAAUCCUAGGAGGAUGGUCAUUUGGUGGAGUGGUUGCUUUCGAGAUGGCGAGACAGAUUCGAGAAAAAUCUUUAGAUGUUCUCGGUCUAGUCCUCAUAGACUCCCCUUCACCUCUCGUCAGCGCGCAGCUCUCAUCAGGCCUCAUCGACAAAAUAGUGAAACACUUGGAACCCAAUGCGCAAGAUUUUUGCAAAUCGCAGCUGAUGACAAAUUCAGAAUUACUGAGAAAAUACUCGCCAUGGGAUUUCACGCAUAAGUAUCCGUUGGUUUUCCUGAUGUCAGAACAACCAUACCCCACGUUUGACGAUUUCGACAUUCCAGCAUGGCUGUCCGACCGUAGCAGUAAAUCAUCCGCAACCUUUGGAUGGGAAAUAUUGUCCGAAGGACCCAUUGAGACUUUCAGUAUCCCUGGACAUCACUUUCAAGCGUUUGAUCCGCAAAACGUCAGCAUAUCAUCUUUCCUUUCUUCCCAGAGCCGCUGA